CUCUCUCUCUCUCUCUCUCUCUCUCUCUCUCUCUCUCUCUCUCUAUGCGUUACUCUCCACAACACAAACAAAACCAAACACGUAACAGAAACACAUUACAUGCCACCAUUGUCCCUCCUCACAAACUGUAACACUCAAUGGCUUCUUCCAAUUCCGUUUCUUCUCUCAACGUCGUCGGAUACACAAACACUACUUCUCCACCAACCAACCACCUAUCAUCCCCAUCACACAUCACUCUCCUCGCGCUAACGCUUCUCAUCCUCGCCGCUACCGUUUCGCUAGCUGUUUAUUUCCUUCUCCGUUACCGCAACCGUUUCCUCCGUCGUAUCUCUCCCUCAUCCACUUCAUUAUUCUCGUCCGGGAAUCCGAUAUCGUCGGACAACGCUUCGCCUUCCAUCGCCGGCUCUCUACCGGCGUUCUCCUUCUCCUCCGUGACGCGACGCUCCGCCGCAUCCGGUGGCGGCGAAGACUGCGCCGUGUGCUUAUCGAAGUUCGAGCAGCACGACCUUCUCCGCUUGCUACCUCUAUGCUGCCACGCGUUCCACGCUGAAUGCAUCGACACGUGGCUCCAAUCGAACCUCACGUGUCCGCUCUGCCGAUCCGCCGUCAGCGCGUCGGAGUCUGACCUCGCCAAGGUCUUCCGCUCGUCGUCCGUCGCCGGCGGCGAGAGCUUUCGGCUUGAGAUAGGGAACAUCAGCAGCAGCGACCGCCGUGGAGCGGCGGCCGGCGAGGAAACGCGCGGGAGGUCCUAUUCCGUUGGUGCGUUCGAGUAUUUAAUCGACGAGGAGGCUGUGGCUGAGGUUGAGGUUGCGUUCGGUUAUGCUAUCCAGAGAAGCGUUUCUGGCGAGAAACAUGACGGCGCUACGGUGGAGGCUGCGGCAGAUUCUCUGCCGAGCUUGGCUGGUGAGGUAGGGCGUGGAGGAAGUAGCAAUAGUAGUGGCUGGUUGAAGGAUUACGUUGAUCGUCUUUCGAGUACGAUGUCGUUUCGAAAUUCUGGAAUGUUCUUCACUGGGAGUAGUCGCCGAAGCGACGUCGUUCAGGGUGGAGAUUACGAUGCGGAAGCCAACCGUUUGGGGGAUGAAAUUGGUGAAAUGUUUCGAUGGCUCUCGUCGGUUUGAGAUGUAAAUUAACGGAAUAGUUAGUGCAGAUUCAGAAUUUUAUAAAAGUUUAAUUUGAUUCACUGUUGCAGGAUAUAUGCAUUCAUCUUCGUUGCAUGAAUAGCAUUUCCCGGAGCACUUGAAGGUAUAAAAUCACUGAAAUUGCAAUUAUUUUUUUCCUUUGUUGUUCGUUGUUAUACUGCUUUAUGUUGCAGAAAACUAAUCCUAGUAAAUUCUCUGCUUCUAAAAUUUU